ACUGGUAUGUUUGCUUGUAGGUUGCUGUAAUAGUUUGAAGAGCUGAACAAAAGAAGAGAGUAUAUAUUUUUUCAGAUUUCUGAGCUCUGGAACCAUUGAAGCCCUUAAGAAAUGUGAUGCUGAUAGCAUCAUGUGGUCUACAAGUAUUAUUAGACAAUGGCAUUGCUCGAGUGACAAUAUCUAAACCACGAGAAAUUGUUACUGGACUAGCUUAUAAUGGCAUUGACAAUUUGCUUGAAUCUCGAAAUCUUGAGGACAAUAGAGGGUAAACAUUCUAUAUAAUCAGAUUUGUACAGUCAUUUUACUUAAUGAAAUCAAUACUUCAAUCAGUCUCUAUAUACAAUCUAGAAACAAAAUUCAAGAUAAUGAAAGAAAAGUUGAUCAUCACAUGUGGAGUUUUUUAUUUUUUCCGCUUGUUUAAUGAUAUAUUUAACUGUGUUAUGUAUGCAUGUAUUGGGAUCUUGUUUGGAAUGAUGCUAAUACACCAGGGACAUUUGACAUGUUUGUUCCUCUCGCCUUUUUCUUUCUUAGUUUACCAAAAUUAAAUGGAUAAACUUGUAAAUUUUAGGCUUUGUUUUACAGAUUUGACUAAGGCUAUUUGCUAACUGUAUGCAAGAUUAAAGCAACAACUUUUCAGGUGAUUAUGUCAGAUGAUGAUCAGGUGGAAGUUUUCUUUUGUAGACAGUGGGAUCCUUCACUCAAGGGCAAGUUAUUCCCAUUGAAUACUGAUAAAAGGUCUAUAAUGCUGCGUGGCUCAUCCAGGUCAUAUACCUAUGCAAUCUAUGAGCAUAUGAAAGAUUGACCGGGCUUCAGCUUGGGUGAAACUAGGAUCACAUUCAAGCUCAAUAAACAGUGGUAUAAAGAAACUGAUUUCUUUGGACAGGUUUCACGGCAAACCAAAUUAAUUAGAAGAAAUUUAAGUAACAAAGCAUGAUAUGUUUUGUCCUGAGGCUGUUCUGUUGACAAGCCCUGCAGAACCAAACAUUAAAGGAGAGAAGAAAUCAAACACAAUAACAGUGACUUACUCAGCCAUGGCAGAUCAAAAAUACAAAACAGCUAGACAGAAGCCAGAGUAUGUGUACUUGGAUCAGUUAAAUGCAGAAAGCAAGACUUAUAUAGUAAGAGUAGUUGUUGCUGAAAAAGGAAGGGACACACUAUCUUCCAAAAAAACAGUUAGAUUCCAAACUUUACUUCUAAGGGAUGAAAAGGGUAAUAGGAUGUGUGGUACUUUAUUUGGCGAUCAAAUUGAAGCAUUUGAAGAAGCAUUACAGUACCUAGGUGAAUACGACAUUUCUGCUGCACCUAUUAAAUUCAUUGACGAAAAAUGGAGAACUGAACUUGAUCAGUUUCCGUACCAAAUGGCUUUUGGUAGUAGAACUGUGAUCCAGCCAGUUCAUCCAGAGCUUGGACCAAUUCUGCCUAACUAUCAACCCAUUGCAAGUAUACCUCGUACAGUUGAUCCUGAUGAGAAAUACGAUAUCGUGGGUGUGGUGUUAUAUGUUGAAGAAGAGCCAAGGAAAAUUGAAGCCAGAGAUGGAAAGCGAGAGAGCUUCGUACGAGAAAUAGUCGUUACUGAUGAAAGUUGCGAUCAACCGCUCACCAUCUCAUUGUGGAAUGAUCUAACAGCACCCAAAUUCUUCGACAAAUUACCUAAUUGGGCAGAAGCAUUCCAGGUUAUAGGUUUUAGGGCUCUUAAACCAUAUACUCGACGUGGUUUUUCAAUGAAUUCUGGUAUGUCUACUCGAAUAAUCUAUAAACCUGAAGGGGAUCGAGCACGUGAGCUGUUUGACUGGGCUAACCUCUUCCACCAGAAGAUAUUAGAUAGGCAAACUAGAGUAUUAGAGGUUAAGUACCCAGGUGAAAAUAAAAAAAUUGUUUCCAUUGCUGAACUGAGACGGAAAAAGCCAAGCAACACCAUACAGGAAGAACUUCUAUGGAUAGAGGUAACCAUUCAAACUGCUGGAAACGAACCAACCUUCCAUUGCAGAAGCGUUAUUCUUGCACUUCUUGUUAUAAGAAAGAAUGCAUAUGCACUGAGAGGACAACCUUUAAGUUUGAGGCUAGCGAUGGCACAGGAACUAUGGCAUUCACCACUUUCAACGAUGACACAGAAAGACUGUUUAGGAGAAGUGCAGCUGAAAUUUAUGCCAUAAAAGAAGCGGAUGACCACAAUGCAUUCGAGGCUAUUCAAGACAUGCUUAGCAGCAAACCGUUCUACAUUAAAGUAGGCCCUACAUCGCAUUUAGGCCAGAACAAU